GCCUCAUAAGCACAUCUCUCAAAGACUUCUCGUUCUCUAUCAUCAAACAGAGCAACACUAUUGAGCCAUGGCUGAAGAAGAUCUUGUUCGCCUCGACAUCAACGGCAUUUUUGCGGUUAUUACGCUGAACAACCCAACAAAGUUCAAUGCCUUGACGCAGAGUCUGUAUUACCGCCUUGCAAGCUUGCUUCGAGAAGCUGAAGAAAAUCCGGACGUCUACGUUACUGUCUUGAUUGGCGAAGGCCCCUUUUUCUCUGCCGGGGCUGAUCUUAAAGGGAAACCUCCAUCUAUGGAGGAGAUUUUAUCUCGCCCUUACUGGCUUCCCAAGUUGGUCAACAACAACGUUGACGUGGCAAGAGCGUUCUACAGCCAUUCGAAGAUUCUUGUCACUGCGCUGAACGGGCCUGUUAUUGGACUUUCUGCAGCCUUAAUAUCUCACUCAGACUUUAUCUACGCGGUAUCCGACGCUUAUCUGAUGACUCCUUUCACGUCUCUCGGCCUCGUUGCUGAAGGCGGCUCCAGUGUCGCAUUUGUCCAGCGAAUGGGUCAUGGUAAAGCAAACGAGGCACUCCUUCUUGGCAGGAAGAUCCCUGUCAGCGAGUUGGCUCAGGUCGGUUUUGUGAAUAAGGUCUUUGAGGGCAAAGGCGACUUUCGCGAACAGGUGAUGGGCUACCUGCAGCAGACAUUCGGCGAUCAUCUAGUGAAGUCAAGCCUUCUGGGGACCAAGGCUCUCAUGCGUCGUCGCUUGGUUAGGGAGCAGGACGAGCAAGCACCGCUCGAAAUGUUCGGUGGCCUCGACCGUUUCUGCCAGGGCAUCCCACAGGCCAAGAUGAGCGAGGCUCUGUCCAGGAGCAAGACAUCUCGACUCUGAAUUUGUUGAGAACUAUGACCGACGCAUGAUAGUGCUAAGCUCCUGGAAAUCAGCGCUUAGUUUUCAGGCCUCCGUUUGCACUGCGUCUUGCAUGUAGCUUCGGGCUGUGUUCGUGUCUUUAUACUCUUUACCUCGCUGUACAAGAUUUCGC